GCUAGCCUAGCCUGCUGGUUAGCUUAGCUUGUUAGCUGCUAACAAAGAGACGCGGAAGUUAUCGACACAGCAAAGCAGAGAUCCAAUAGGAGAAGGAGAGACAACAUCAACUACUGGACGCUGUUUUCAAGAAACAUCAAGUUGUGUUACACAGAACAGGAGUGGCGCUUCAGGAUGGAGAAGGAGGAGCCACAACCCUCCCACAUUGAGGAAGAAGAGGCGCCACAGACACAGCACAUUAAAAAGGAAGAGGAGUACCCACUGACCUUGUAUUUUAAAGAUGAAAUGGAGGCACAAGAGACCCCACACAAUAAAAAGGAAAAUUACCCACUGACCUCCCACUUUAAAAAGGAAGAGGAGGAGCUACAGUCCCCCCACAUUAAGGAGGAAGAGGAGGAACACAGCAUCAGUCAGGAGGGAGAGCAUCUUGAAUGGUUGGAGGAGUCCCCAGUGAUUGAUGUGAUUGUGAAGAGUGAAGAUGAUGAGGUCAAAAGUGAAAGUGAGGAGAAGAGAGAGGCUGAGCCUCCAAGCAGCAGCUCAACUCAACACAUGACGACAGAAGCUGAUGGAGACCACUGUGGAGGAUCACAAGCAGACAAGAUCUUAGCUCCACUAUCAGAUAGUGACGACACAACGUCUCACUCUCCUGACACUGAUGAUGAAGACUCUAAAGAUGAUAAGACAUGUCACACUGACAAAACACGCUUUAAAUGUUCUCACUGUGACAAAACGUUUAAAUACUCUGGUAAUCUGAAAGUACACCUGAGAAUACACACUGGAGAAAAACCUUUUUGUUGCUCAGAAUGUGGUAAAAGAUUUGGACGAAAAAAUUUGUUGAAUUUACACAUGAAAACACACACUGGAGAAAAACCUUUUUCAUGUUUAGUAUGUGGUAGAGGUUUUGUACUGAGAGGUGAUCUUAAAGUACACAUGAGAAUACACACUGGAGAAAAACAUUUUUCCUGUUCAGUCUGCGGUAAAAGAUUUGGUCGAAAAAAUGUGUUGAAUUUACACAUGAAAACACACACCGGAGAAAAGCCUUUUUCAUGUUCAGUAUGUGGUAAAGGUUUUGUACAAAGAAGUGAUUUGAAAGUACACAUGAGAAUACACACCGGAGAAAAACCAUUUUCCUGCUCAGAAUGUAAUGCAUGUUUUAAACAAAGUGGUAAUUUGAUAGUACACAUGAGAAAACACACGGGAGAAAAACCUUUUUCAUGUUCAGAGUGUGGUAAGGGUUUUAUAGAAGGUGGUACGUUGAAAACACACAUGCUAAUACACACGGGAGAAAAACCUUUUUCAUGUUCAGAAUGUGGUAAAGGUUUUACAAAAAGUAGUGAGUUGGAAGUACACGUGAGAACACACACUGGAGACAAACCAUUCAUGUGCUCAAUUUGUAGUAAAAGAUUCACCCAGAAGACAAAUUUGGUAAGACACACAAGAAUACACACUGGAGAAAAACCUUUCAUCUGUUCAGUAUGUGGUAAAGGUUUUACACAAAGGUACUCUUUAAAAGCACAUACAAUAAUACACACUCGAGAGAAAGUAUUGAGUUGCAGUGUGUGUGGUGAAAGAUUCUCUUCUAAGUACCAGUGUAUGAAACACAAGUGUGCUGGUGAGAACAGCAGCAGCAAAUGAAGAUGCAGGAUUUGAAAUAAACUGUCAUUUAAAUUUAAACAAUUUGUCGUGCAUUGUUAAAUGUUAGAAUAUCACGUUUGAUCAAAAGACUGGAGGGUUGGGACUUUGACGAGCGAACAGAAUCUGUUGACUGGCUCAUAAACAUGAACCAUGUUCAACUAAUGGGGCUCUCCUCUCUGCUAUGACUGCAGCUGGGACUGCUGCGCGAGGCUACGGUCAACCUGACCGCCUGUGAGGAGGGACUCAUGGCAGACCCCACUGCUCGUUGACGACAUAAACUGCAGCUUAGACUUAUACUUAGACUUAGACAAACUUUAAUGAUCCACAAGGGAAAUUGUUCAACACAGUAGCUCAGUUACAAGGAUGGAAAGUGUAAGGAUGGAAAGGACAAUGCAGGUAUAAAUAGACUAAUAUAGCGAUAAAAAAUCUAACUUUUAUACGAAUAUAUACAUAAUAUGUGUACAGAAUAAUAUAUAUACAGAUAUAUUAUAUUAUGUCUAUAACAUAUAUACAAUAUGUACCAAUGACCAUGUACAAUAUUACAGUAUAUACAGCAUAUGUGACAGCAGCAGCAUAAAAUAGAGAGUAGAUCCAGCAGGAAAUAGAAAAUAGACAUUAUACACAUUAUAAACAAAGAGAAGUAGCUAACAUGUCAGGUGUCAGGUAAUAGGCAGAUACCUUCUUUCAUGUCUCCAAAACAAAAAGUGGCUACAUUUGUCGCUAGUCACUUUUGGGAAAAAAAAAGGAGUUUAAUAGUUGACUGUUUAACAAGAAAGUCAGUAGAGAAAAAAGCACUGUAGUGGUUGUGGGAUAUAUUCCCUCACUUUGUAAUUCAUACACCACAUUCAUAGCUCAGUAGCCAUUGUUUCAUCAAACACAUCAAAUCUAUUAAUAAAUGUCACUUUCAGUCCUCUAUUAGUCUGAAGUAUUUUAUUUUCACACCCUUACUCUUUUUUCACUUCAUUGACAUUUCUAGAAGUCAAUUUGAAAUGUUUCAUCUUAAUGCUGCUGCUGC